UCCAAAUUGAAAUUUUGACAUUAUCUAGUGAACUUUUAAUAGUACUGGAUUAUCAUCAACUGUUUAUUGUAAAAUUGAAAAUCUGUUGUUUGGUCAUAUGACAUAAUUUGUCCCAAUACAGGCAGUCUCGGGUUGCCAUUUCUGAAUUUUCUAUGGAAUAAUUUUGACCAAUACUAUCAGUAUUGCGUGGCCAAACAAGGCAUAUGAAUUAUACAAGUUGGCUCCUGCCUAUAAAUUCUUCCAAAAAAUGUUUCCAUCUUUUCCAUUAGCUUUCGUUCUUCUACAAAUGCAAAGUCACAGACUUCCUUGAUAUACAAAAUUUUGUGUUUCAUUCUGUGGAGCUAAAGGGAAAAGUCGCCAUGGAGGGUCAGCCGCAACAAUUGUCUUCAGUUUUCAAUUCUGACCCUUCAGGUGGAUCAAAUUGGACAAGCAAUGCAGCUCUCUGGACGGGGGAUGGACCGUUGCCGGGUGAUACAUUCGACGAAGUACUCAGAUUCUUGAAUCAAAUGCUAAUGGAAGAAGAGGAUUUGGAGCAAAGGCCUUGCAUGUAUCAAGACAUAUUGGCUUUACAGGCUGCUGAAAGAUCCUUUCUUGAUGCCCUUACUGAAGCUCUGUCGAACAAUAGAGGAGUUGAUUGAGCAACAAAUUCCAUGUAGUAGACUUAUCAUGAAUGCCUUAAUUCAUGUCAUUCAGGAUACAGUUAACUCACAGAAUUCUUGUUUUCAAUCUGAAGGAGUGGAUUUUGCCAGAAAAGAGACAGGAAAGAGAAACCGCAGUGGGGAAGAAUAUGAUGAGCAUGAUGAUGAUGAAGAGGAAAGGAGUAACAAAAUAUCUGCUCGUUAUAGUAACUACGAGGUACCAACUGAGGAGUAUGAUAAGAUUUUGCUUUGCUUGAACCUGAAGCCGAGUCCCUAUCCUGUCUUCUUAUCCUCUUACUGUGAUUUGGAGCCCGGAAGAGGGACUAACCACCAAAUUGACCCAAACCAAGAGCCUAAGCGAGGAAGGCCAAGAGCCAGUGAUGCGAAGAAGAAGCUCCAUUUUUCAAAAAAUGCAGUUGAUUUGAGGAGUCUCCUAACUCAGUGUGCACAAUGUGUGGCCAGCUAUGAUAACAGGAGGGCCUUAGAAUUGCUAAGUCAGAUAAGGCAACACUCUUCUCCCAUUGGUGAUGCCACCGAAAGACUAGCACAUUACUUUGCUAAUUCCCUCGAGGCUCGUGUCUCUGGCACAGCAACAGCAAUGUAUGCAGCUGCAGGGCGAGCAUCGGCCGCUGAUACAUUGAGGGCUUAUCAGGCAUAUAUCUUGGCAUGCCCUUUCACAAGAAUGUCGCAUAUACUUUAUGGAAAAUCAAUCCUGGAUGCUACAAAGGAGUCCGAAAAGAUCCACAUCAUUGAUUUUGGUAUACUAUAUGGCUUUAAUUGGCCCUGCCUCAUAAAGGGUCUCAGCAGAAGACCGUCUGGCUCACCAAAACUACACAUAACAGGAAUAGAGUUUCCCCAAUCUGGAUUCAGACCGGCUGAAAGGGUGGAGGAAACAGGGCGCAGGCUCGCCCGUUACUGCAAAAUCUUCAGUGUUCCAUUUGAGUAUCACGCCAUAGCAAAGAAAUGGGAGACAAUAACUUUACAGGAUCUGCAACUUGACAAAAGUGAAACCACUAUAGUCAUGUGCUUGCAUCGUCUCAAGAAUGUCCCUGAAGAUGACGAGAUAGCCGGCAUUAGUCCAAGGGACAAAGUCCUCCACCUGAUCAGGGAAAUAAACCCUGAAAUCUUUAUCCAUGGCAUCCUGAACGGAACUUACAAUGCUCCAUUCUUUGCAACACGGUGCAGGGAAGCGCUGCAUCAUUUCUCAUCAUUGUUCGACAUGUUUGACAAGAAUUUACCACGCCACGAUCAAGACAGGUUGGUGUGCGAGAAAGAAGUGUUGGGAAGGGAUGUGAUGAAUGUGAUAGCAUGUGAAGGGAGUGAAAGGGUUGAGAGGCCUAACACAUAUAAGCAAUGGGGAGUCAGGAACUUGAGAGUUGGGUUCAGGCAAGUCCCAGUGGGUGAAAACAUUGUGAAGGAAAUCAGGGCAAAAGUUAGACUGAAUUACCACAAGGAUUUUGAGGUUGAUAAAGACUGCAACUGGAUUCUUCAGGGCUGGAAAGGAAGAAUUCUUUCUGCACUCUCCAUUUGGAAGCCCUGUGAAAGUAAUGAUGAAUAAAAAAGAAUUUCCAGGCACAAUUAUGUGCCAUUUGUAAUCACAAAAGUUCAGAAUAAUUACUCAAACAAUCCUUUUCUUUUUUGUUUUUUUUUUUUUGUUUUGAGAUUUGAUUUUUUAUUUGAAUUUUACCUAUACUAGCUUUGCAUCUUUUAUAGAACCUCUACCUUUAUAAUUAGUUGCUUUUCGGAUUUUACUUGUGGGAGUAUUUAUUCCUUGAGGGCAGAAGCAAUCAUAUGGAGAAAGAAAGAGCAAACAGUCUGCUUCUGUUUGACGAAGUUGAUUUAGCAGAAAGCCAGAAACAUUUGGCAGAUUAUUGCAUGACGCAGAAGCAAGAGGGAGAGUGCCGUGUUAUAUUGAUCUAGAGCAUCCUAGCGAAACACCAAGGCUUCUAAGAAAGCACUUGAUGCUCUUGACACCGCAAUAGCUUUUGAUUAGAUGUGCACAGCUUGUUACAGCUUACAAUCAUAACUGUGCAAAUGAACAACCGAAGCUGGUACGCCAGCACGUGUGUUUUUUAGGCAAUGCAGAUGAGUGAUUGGUGAUUCAUUGCUUACAGGCAACGUCCCUAAUGGAAAAAUACACAAGCAGCUGAGGAACUGAAAAGCCAAAGAAUUAUUUGUGAUGCAUUCAGGCAGAUAUACAUUUUCCUCACAAAAAAAUGAUACCUGCAAGCAGCAGCAGCAGCUACCAGACUCCAUAUUGUGGACUUCGACAUAAGCUUUGGUCCUUGAGCUUUUAGGAAAGCCCUUAUUUAACGAGUGAACCUCAAAACAAGUCAUCUAACCUUUAAUAUAUUUCACUCUAGGUCAUCAAUUAAAUUUAUUUGUAACACAGGUU